GCGGGCCGGCGCUCGGCAGCGGGGGCGGGCGGGACAUGGGACCUUAAAGGGGCGGCUGAGCACGGCCCAGCCCGGCUCGGCUCGGCUCGGCGGGAGGGAGCGGCGGCGGUGCCGAGGGAAGAUUCUCUUUAGCGUGAUUACUUACAAAUAAUAUUACCUCAUCAUGGAAGAACUAUCACCAGAAGAAAUUCAACUGAGGGCCAACCAGGUCACUGAUGAGUCUUUGGAAAGCACAAGGAGGAUUCUUGGUUUGGCCAUUGAGUCCCAGGAUGUUGGCAUCAAAACUAUUACCAUGCUAGAUGAACAAGGAGAACAACUAAAUCGCAUAGAAGAAGGCAUGGACCAGAUAAAUAAGGACAUGAGAGAAGCUGAAAAGACACUGACAGAGCUCAACAAAUGUUGUGGGCUCUGUGUCUGUCCUUGUAACAGGACAAAGAACUUUGAGGCCAGCAAGGCAUAUAGAGCAACCUGGGGAGAUGGAACGGAGAACUCAGCAGAUCAUGUGAUAUCCAUGCAACCAAGACGUAUAAACCAGCAGCAGCCUCAGACUUCUGGAGGACCAAGUGGUGGAUAUAUUACAAGAAUAACAAAUGAUGCCAGAGAAGAUGAAAUGGAUGAAAAUCUUGCUCAAGUGGGAAACAUUCUUGGGAAUUUGAAAAACAUGGCUUUGGAUAUGGGCAAUGAAAUUGAUGCCCAGAAUAAACAAAUAGACCGGAUAAACGUAAAGGCUGAUACAAACAGGGAACGCAUUGAGCAAGCCAACGUCAGAGCCAAGAAAUUAAUUGACAAUUAAAGCCUGGUGUCAUUGUUCAAUGACACUGUCUCUCCAGCUGCAAACCACCAUAUUCAUGGAUCUGUGAAACUUCUAUUCUUUAAUAAGAGGGGCUGGGAAAAAUGAAGCAGUAACUUUCUAUAGUAAUUAAUUUUCUCUUAUUGCUUCAUGUAAACAUGGCUUUGACUCAAAGAAAGCGGUCAACUUCCUUCUACUCAUCUGCCUUCACUUCCUCUAUACUGCUCAGGGCUAAAAGUAUUAGGGCUUUGAGAAUCUUCUUGCAUGUUUUAUUCCUCCUCCCAGUUUUUCUUUUUUUUAAUUUUUUUUUUAAUUUCUUGCACCGAAAAUACAGUCCUUUUUAUUGAAGUUGAACAAGCAGGGGUAACCUGAAUUCACAGUUGUGGAAGGUUGGAGAGGGGACUUUGCACUGUUUGAAAUACCUCAUAAGUUGAGUGUCUUCACUAAAAUAGGGACUUGGCGAACAUUAUCUAACUUGUAUCUCUAGCAUGCUAACCAUAGCUUUACAAUCCAAACCACAUGAUUGGUUUGGGGUUGAGUUUGUGGAUCACAGAAUUGAAGAGGCCCAUUACUUACAGCUUGUGGGUUGAGGGCUUUAAAACACUUCCUAACCACACGAACUUUAAGGUAAUGGCAACUGGAGGGAUAUAGAGGUUUCCAUUUCUUUACUGUAAAUUGGCAUCACUUUGGAGGCCAUGACUAGGAAAUCAUGCUGCAUUGUUCUGAUAUUUGUUGUGCGUGUAUAUAUAUGCCUGAUCUAAACCCUGUGCACACGUGAAUAGAAGAAAGUAAAACUAUAUCCCUAAAGUAUUUAUUUGAUGGAAAUUUUUACAACCCUCAUCUGAAAGUUAACUUCUAAGUGUUUGAAUGAUGCAUCUAAACCGGAAGAAACUGAGCAGAAAAGCAUGCAGAUCUCUUGCAUCCCAUAUCUUAUUCUCUUUUGGCCAGUUUUCUCUGGAGUUCAGUUUAUGCCUUUCUCCAGUAGAAAAUACUGACUGAAAUCUGGUGCGGAGUUUGCUGUUAGCAGUGACUUUGGGAGUACUUUUUAAAUCUAUCCAAACCAGAGAAGCUUAUUAUGAAACUUCUUUGUCACAGGUCUGGAGGAAGACGUAGCCAUUUAUAAACUGUAUGCUAGUUCUAAAUAAACUAGUUCUAAAUAGAUUCCUGACUGGUUUAUUAUUGCAGAUAUUGGGACUGGCAAUUGGAAAUAUUACAUGCCCAAGUUACUUGCAACUAAAAGUUCUUGUUCUGUUGCAGAACAGAGGAGUUUCUGACCAGGUGAGGUGAAGCUCUUUCCUAUGAAGAAAAACAUUUUGGUUUUACUGUAAUAUAAUUAGAUUUAUUUCCAGAAUUUUUCUUUAAAUCUUUAUAGUAAUUAAAUUGCAAGUGGCUUAUGUAAUUUUAACUCCACCCAGCAUAUACUAUGCCUGUUUUACAGUUGAAAGUGAUGCUUUGGAGUACCCUAUGAUACUCACUGUUGGAUGGCAAAAAUCUUCAAACCAAAUUGAUUGGAGGAAUAAUUAAAACUAAUAGCAUUAUGGGGUGUUUUUUUGGGAGGACAGUCUACAAGUAUCCUGUAGCCACUAAGAUUGAAUCCCAGGGCUAGAGAUGACACUAAUCCAUUGAAAUGUUUAGACAGUGUUAGGUAUUUUGUUUUCUUUUUAGCAGAAAUACAGUCAGUAUUAGUGGUAUAUUUUCAGUUCACUCCCAGCACAACUUGAUAUUUAAAGAAAAAGACCAAAAUCAGCAACCACACACACACAAAACUCAACAAAAACCUAACCAAACAAAGCAGAAAAACCCAAACAACUGACCAAAGGAUGAAACAGCUGCAUGUAAUAAAUAGGCCAGUGGCAGUUUGCCUUAUGUGAAGAAGUCAUUCUUAGGGCAUUAGAUACUUCAAUACUGUGGAUUGGCUCCUGUCUAGCUUCCAGUAAUUGUUGGAAAGCCAAUGAAUUUCAAAAGCUUACUAGUUGCCCAAUCAGUAAAUGAAGAUUAUAUGCUUAAAAACACAAGUAGCAAAGAAGUACUUUUAAGAACAUGGCAUAGUAAACUUCAAACAACCACCUGCAUAAGAAAGUGUAGGGAAUUUUGGAUGAGCUUUUUUUUUCCUUCUUACAAACUUCAUGUUAACUGAAGGAUUAUUUGCUGCUAGUUGUGAAAGCAAAGUAUGCAUUAUUUAAUUGUCUUCCUGGAACAGAAGACUGAAGUGGUUACCUUUAUUCUGCUUACACAAUGCAAACCCGCUCUGUAGCAUUUGAACAUUCCAAACAUUGGAAUGUUUUUCUCCCUUGCCACUACAAGUCCAUAUUCUUGACUUGCCUGAGCUCUAACAACAAAUUAACAUAUUGGCUGACAGAAUGCUGUGAUGGAUAUAUCAGAAUUGUAAUAUUGCAAUGAAUACCACACAAGGAAAUAAUUUCUGAGACUCUGAGCUUGAGUAUUAGCGGAGCAUCGAUACUAUUUUCUGAUCUGCAAGAGCCAAAUCCGUGAGGGAGUUGGUGCCUUUAUGUUAGUGAACAACACAGUCUGCUACUUGGAUUGUCUUACUGUUGUCUAUAGAAUAGAUGCCUAAUUUCCAUAUCUAUGGUAUGAAAUCAACCCUUGUACAUCUUUGUAUGUCUGAAUGCUAUUAAGAAUGAAGGCUUACAGUUUCUGCUUUUGAUUGUUAAAUUAUAUAUUGUGCACAAAAAAUACAUACUUUUAUAACUGAA